AUGCACCUGGGAGCUGGACGGGCAGCAGAGCAGCCUGACUCCAGCCGGGACUCUGAUUCUCCUUCUGCCUCGCUUCUGCAGGCCACUUCCACUAAGGAGAAGGAAUCAUAUCAUAUAUCCACUACCCAGGACCACCGCUCUUUCGACCCCUUUGCUGAGGCAAGUACAGGGGAUGCUCUGCUUCCUGCUGCCACGGAGGAUAAUAUCCAGGUAAGAAUUCAACACAGAAAUGGUAGGAAGACCCUUAGUACUGUCACAGGGAUCACUGAUGAUUACAAGAAGAAGAAGCCAGUGAAAGUGUUUAAGAAGAAAUUUGCUUGCAAUGGUACUGUAGUUGAGCACCCAGAACACAGAGAAGUAAUUCACCUACAGGGUGACCAGUGUAAGAACAUAUGCCAGUUCCUGGUGGAGACUGGACUGGUUAAGGACAAUCAGCUGAAGGUGUGUGGGUUUUAA